ACAUUGAAGGCGAGGCGGGUUUUCCAAGUCUUUGCGUUUCUUAGUGUUGCAUAUUGUCUUUCCAGAUUUUUAGUGUCUCACGUCCUAUGGGAUCACUAUCAUUGGGUUAUUAUCCUUCAUGUAAUGUGGUAGCGACGGCAACAUCUGGGUCAGCUUCUACAGACGAUCGACAACAAGCUCUUAUUUAUCCAUGUAUUAAGAUAAUGAGCAUCACUGGAUUCGAUCCUGAACGGUAUAAAGUCAUCAAGGGUGAAUAUACACCACUCGCAUGUUAUGGUGAAUUACGAAUUAAUUAUUGUAUCACACGUGAUAUCCCUUUCCUAUCAAAUUCAUUUAUUACAAAUUGGUCUCAAACACAAGUUAAUCUUGACAGACAAUUAUUUAAUGAAGCCUUUGAUUUACCCUUACCAUAUAAUGCCUUGUACGACUAUAAUGGAAUUUGUUUUGUUCUGUCAUCUACGUAUACGGAUAAAAAAGGUAUGCAUGAACAGUUAAUAGCUGGUGCAAACAUGAAAUUAUAUAAUUCUAAAAAAGUAUUUCGACAAGGAAUUUACGAACUUGAAUUACAUCCUUUGGAACCGUUAGGUGUUUAUCGACUAGAGGAUGUUGAAAAAUUAGUAAGGGAACCUACUUUUGACUCAAAACCUUCGAAUAUGGAUACCAUGAACCAAAUCCUUAAGACGAAUCGUAAACACCUUCGUAAUGAAUUGUUAGAAACACCAUUAGAUCGACAUUGUAUGCCAGAUGUGGAACAUGCGGUUGAUGAGGCGAAACGAGCUAGUGGACGUUUAUUCCUUAGUGUAAAAUUUGAGUUUUCACGAAGCUAUCCAUCUGUGUAUAUGCCUGUAAUAUUUCAGCGUCCAUUUCUACCUGAACAGUCAGAAUUACGAGCUGAUCGAUGGAAUCCAGUAGAUGAAAAGUAUUUUAAAAUGACACGUAAUGCUCGUACAGCUGACGUGGAUCGUGCACGUAAACCUAAUAAAGACAUAUUAGAUAGAUUGAAACUUGUUCUUGAUUUACCACCAGGAUUAAAUAUAUCCGAAUCAGAUGGGGAUCUUAUCUGGAAGUAUCGAUUUUAUCUAGCUGACAAAUUCCCUGAAACUUCUUUAGCGAAAUUCAUUUUAUCUGUUCGUUGGGAAUAUACAGAACAAGUGAAUCAAGCUGUUGAAUUGUUAAAACAAUGGCCAAAAAUAGCGCCUGAACAUGUCCUAGAACUGUUCACUCGUCAAUUUCUUCAUCCUGCCGGUAGAAGAUUUGCUGUACAUCGUUUGGAAGCUGCCAGUGAUGAGGAACUUAUUUUAUACUUAUAUCAACUUGUACAAGCAUUACGCUAUGAAAAUUGGCAUGAUAUAUUUUCAGUCCAACCUAAAAGGAAUGAUCGAACUUCUAAACGUAAUGUUUCAGAUGUUACAAAAGAAGGUAAUUCUGAAGAGGUGAAAUCUACAAAUUUGACAUCAAAUCGUAAAAUGCCAUCAUCUUUUCGUACUGGACGAGGUGGUGCAUUGCAAAAUAUUGAACGCAGUCGUGAAGAAUUAAUUGGAUGGCAUUCUGAUUUAAAAAAAGAAUGGAAAGAAGAUUUAGCCAGUUUCCUUAUAAGACGUGCUCAAUUAAAUUUUCGUAUUGCAAAUUACUUGUAUUGGUUUUUACGAUUAGAAGCAAACAGUAAUGAUGGUGAAGAUGAUUUCUGCGAACGGGAUAGAGUAAAUCCACCCGAUACUCAAAAGAUGUAUAAACAUGUUUUGAAUAGACUUUUACAUGCUUUUGAUGCUGGUAGUCCUACUUGUCAAAAAUGGAACAUAGAACUACUACAACAAACACAAUUCAUUCAAGAUUUAUGCCGGUUGCUAAAAUCAGUUACCAAUGAUUUGGGUAAUCGUUCACGCAAAAUUGAAUUGUUAAGAUCAAAGUUGGAUAGUGAAGAAUACGCUCAUAUUAGGCAUAUUGAUAAACCAUUCCCGCUUCCUCUAAAUCCGGAUAUUAUUGUAUGCGGUGUACAGUCGUCUACAGCUACACUAUUCAAGAGUUUUCAACGACCUGCAUUACUGACUUUUAUCCAACCGAAUGGCGACACUUAUCGAGCUAUUUUAAAACACGGUGACGAUUUACGUCAGGAUCAAUUGGUUUUACAAAUGAUUGAGUUAAUGGAUGUGAUACUUCGCAAAGAAAAUUUCGACCUUCGAUUGACACCAUAUAAAGUUUUGGCAACAAGUAACCGUCAUGGUUUAGUUCAAUUUGUCGAAUCUAUUUCAUUGGCUGAUAUUCUUCAUCGUUCCACAUUACUAGCUUAUUUACAGUUAAAAGCUCCGAGUCCAAAUAGUCCUAUGGGCGUUCAAAAAGAUGUUAUGGAAACAUAUAUUCGUUCUUGCGCCGGUUAUUGUGUCAUCACUUAUCUUCUUGGAGUUGGUGAUCGUCAUAUGGAGAACUUACUGCUCACUGCUGAUGGUCAUUUAUUUCAUAUUGAUUUUAGUUUUAUUCUUGGCGCUGAUCCUAAACCAAUGGCACCUGAAGUAAGAUUAACUCGUGCAAUGAUUGAUGGUAUGGGUGGUCCAAAUUCAAAUCAAUUUAAUGAAUUUUGGAAAAUCACUUUUACAGCUUUUCUUAUUUUAAGACGGCACGCGAAUUUAUUUUUGACUCUAUUUUCCUUAAUGUCAAACACAGGAAUACAAAGUUUCAAUGGUCAACAAAAUAAUGCAUCUGAAUUUUUAAAAGAACAUUUCUGUGUACAUCAAUCAGAAGAGAAAGCUGUUAGUCGACUGGCUAAUCGUAUGACUGAAUCUAUCAAGGCUAUUGUACCUGAUAUUAUGGAACGAAUACAUACUAUUGUACAAUCAGACAUCAACAUCAGAUCUGAUACAAAUGUAUAUCGGGCCAAGUUACCGCAUUUAAUAUCAGCACAAGGAGAGAGAAAUUUUAGAUGAGAAGCUAAGGGAAGUCAGUCGUAUAAAAAACAAUAGAAAUCUGAACAUAAAAAAUUCUGUUUAUAAGCAGCAAAUGGAAUUGAAGAAUUUCAAGUUAAUGAUGGUAGUUAACAAAGGAUUUAUAAGAAACUAGAGAGUAAGUGUAAUCACGCUGCUACAAUGGAUUUUACAACAUGUUACCCAACCAUUGCUUAGGAUUAUUGUGUAGAUCCAAACCAGAAUGUCUGAACCUAUCGAUGUGACGUAGAUCCUCAGUUUCUUUCCAUACUAAUCAUAUGUCAACUAGGAUCGAGCAUUAUGGUAAUCUGUGGUUAGGCAUACCUAGCAUGUAUCAGUUAGUCUUGAGUGCUUCCAUCAUAGCUCUCAUCCGUAUCAGUAACAACUAGGAAAAUAAAAACCUAGCAUACUUUCAUGUGACCCACACCUUCUGGUCAAAAACUACAGCGUAUUACAAUGAAAGCUGUAGUACUUGAGAUUAAUUAGUAACUUCUCAUGAUUCUAAUGGUAUUUGAGAGAAUCAUUAGUUGUAAGUAAACUUGUGUUAAACAUCUAAAUCGUGUUACUAUGUUUACUAGAUGUCAAAGCAACUUAUGUAGCUGGGCAUUACACCAUACAUUGCGAUUUAUUGAUUCUCGCGGGUUCACUAUAUGUAAUGCUCUACUCUGGUAAGCUGCUGCUUUGUAUCCUGUCAUGAUCUCUAAUUUCUUUCGACUUUAGUCAUUACAUCAGUUUGUAAUUGUAUUAUAUGUAGGUAUUUUUAAAAACAGUUCUACAUAAAUGGAUAGAGAAACUCAGUAGUGUGUUCUUUCUGUAGGUAAAAACUUUUACCGAUUAUAAAGUUUUUUUUCAAAUAAUUCAUUAUUUUAAACCUUCAUUUAUUUUUUUCCCACCUAGUAUAUGAGGAACUAAUCAAACCUUCCAAUAAUCUAAUUGUGAUAGAGAUCUUCAGUAACUUUUUUGUCAAACAUAUUUUCCUAACAAAAAAAACAUCAUACAUUUUCGCCAGGAUACUUUUGUUUACAAAAUGUUUCAGUCAAUAACAAAAUGUCACAGUAUUUCUUAUCAUUAUUUAAUAAUUUUUGUAACAAUGUAUGUACAUGAAUAAUAAUAAUACUAACAAUAAUAAUAGAGUUGUCUUAUGU